AGGACCGGAGCCAACGGCCUGGACGCCGAGGCGGCGAGCGGCGAGCAGCACGGCCGCAGCAGCACGUUGAUCGCGCAGCUCCAUGAGACUGUGAAAAGAAAGCUUGAUAGUGCUGCUUCCCCUCAGAAUGGAGACCAGCAGAAUGGCUAUGAUGAUGUAUUUUCUGUGUCUAAGAAACUACGUCGAGAUGAUGGUCUUGGUGGAGUGGGUGGUUCUUCCAAUGGAAUGCCCCCUGUGUCUCCACUCCAUCAUAUUGACAAGAAAUCUGGCAGCGGAGAUACCUUACAGCUUAAUGGGAAACAUCCGAUGGGGCUAGACGGCAUCAGCAAGAAGUGUCUUCCAGAUUCCAGCCUGCAAAUGAAUGGAGGUGGUGAUGCUGAUGACUCAUUUCCUCUGAGUUUGAACAAAGAGCUGAAGCAGGAGCCUGUAGAUGAUCUUCCAUGUAUGAUUGCUGGAGCAGGGGGUUCUAUAUCUCAGAAUAACUUGAUGCCUGAUCUUAAUCUUAAUGAGCAAGAAUGGAAGGAACUUAUUGAGGAGCUUAAUAGAUCAGUGCCUGAUGAAGACAUGAAGGAUCUCUUUAAUGAAGACUUUGAAGAGAAAAAAGAUGCGGAUUCUUCAAAUUCAGCUGCACAGACCCCAUUGCCACAAGAUAUUAACAUAAAGACUGAGUUUUCCCCAGCACCCUUUGAACAGGAACAGAUGGGAUCUCCCCAGGUGAGAUCCACUUCAUCAGGUUCAGCAUUUAUUGGUGCUGCUUCUGUACCUGUAAGUGCCGCUUCUCCAGCGGUUGGUAAUUCUCAGGCUCUGUUUCAGCCUUCCAGUCAGUCAAUGACUGAAAAUCCUAAUCAGCCCAUGAUGCAGGCAUCAAACCACUCUCAGAACGUCCAGAGGCCUCUUCCCAAUGUGUUGUUACCUGGGAAGGGUGCAGGAAGUGCCAAAGAAAUGUCUUCUGCUCAUCAGCUUCAGCAGAUUGCUGCCAAGCAGAAGAGAGACCAGAUGUUGCAGAACCAGCAGCAAGCUUCACAAGUCCACCAAACAAAUCAGAUGUCGACGUGGCCGCAGUCCGGGCCUUCUCAUAGUCCACUGGCUGUCUCAUAUACCAUGGAGAAUCCCACCAGCCCGUCUGUUUACCAGCCAGACUUCAACAAUCAGAAACUCAUGAUGCCUAAUAUGGGAAAUAAAAGCUCACCGAGAGCUGGAGGCAAUUACCAUGUGAACAUUUUGGGUCAUCAGCAAAAUAGCUUGAACCAGAACCCUGUGAGUAGUCAAGGCUCUAUGCUAGACUAUGGGAACACCAAACCUCUUUCACAUUACAAAGCAGAAUGUGAACAGGGGGUUACAGUACCUGGUCAGAGCAAGACUCCCAUGUUGGCAUACAUACAACAGCGCCAGCAGCCACCGCUGUCUCACGUGAGCGAUGACCAAAAUGGGAUGAUCCUGUUGAAACCCAAGUCUGGAAACAUUGCCUACCGGCUACCGCACAGUCAGGAUCAAACCCCUUCUCCUAACGUUCCUCGCGUUCCAGUUUCUGUCCCGGGCCCUGGCGUGGGUGCCCAGGCUCCCAACGUCUCCAUGGCAGGUAACCACAGCAGCACACCUUAUCUCAGCAAUCAGCAGCAAGCAGCAGUGAUGAAGCAACACCAAAUGCUCAUGGACCAGCAGAAGCAGAGGGAGCAGCAACAAAAGCACUUGCUCAUGGAGCAACAGAAGCAGCAAUUCCUAAUGGAGCAGAGGCAGCAACAUCUUCUGGCUGAGCAGGAGAAACAGCGGCAGCAGCAAGAGCAACAGCUGCAGCGGCAUCUGACACGACCGCCUCCCCAGUAUCAGGAUCAGCCGCAGAAUCCCUACCAGCCACAGGUUGGACAGUUCGCAGGGUCAUCUUCAGCCAUGCCUGGGGUCAGCAAUUUAGGACAGUCCAGCUCCAGUAGUCCACGGAUGUUUCCUCAGACCCAGAACAUGAUUCAGAUGGGACCUGGACACAGUUCUGUUCCUCCACUCCAGUCGGGUUCCAGUCAGCAGGAUCGGGGCGUGACUCAGUAUACCAAUAUGCAAAACAUUCAGCGAGGGGGAUUGUACAACUUGGCGCCUGGUAUGACACCCAUGGUUGCCCAGCACACCGCUCCAAGUGCCAAUGGACAGCCCCCCAUGCAGAGACAAGGCAGCUUGGGCCAGGGCGCUGCUGUUCCUGCUGGCUACGGGCAGAAUAGCUUGGCAAACUCGAGUAUUUCUCAGCAGCACAACAAAGGUGCACUGAACCCAACCUUGUCGAAGCCACAGAUGGCAAGAGUACCAGCUGCUAUGGGGGCUCAAAACCCGUCUUGGCAACACCAAGGUAUCCCUAAUAUCAACAACCAGACCCAAGCAAACAGUGGCUUAGGACCAUUUACUGCCAGCUCCUCUUUCCACAUGCAGCAAACUCAUCUAAAGAUGGCCAACCAGCAGUUUGCCCAAGGAAUGCCUCAGGUAAGCCUAAGCACCAGCAGACCGAUGACCUCUAUGAACGCUGCCGUCUCCGGGCAGAUGUUGUCGUCCUCUUUAGGUGCGCAGCAGCGGACAAACCCACCCACGCAACAGCAGGUACCCUCACAGCAAGUCUUGCCUGGCAUGAACCAAACUGUUCCAGAUCUGAAUGCUUUCAGCCAGAACCCAAAUCAGCAAAUGCCCAACCGAGGUAAUCUGCACUGUAGUCAAGGGUACCCUGUGAGGACAACCAGUCAAGAGCUGCCUUUUGCCUACAGCGGCCAGUCGGGCAAUAACGGACUUCAGAACUUAACGGGCGACACAGAUCUGAUAGACUCUUUGCUGAAAAACAGGACUUCAGAGGAGUGGAUGAAUGAUUUGGAUGAGUUGUUAGGAACACAUUAAAA